UAGACAUUUUCCCCAUUGACUGCUCUCUUGUUAUACCUGGCGUACACACCUGUUUUUUUUUUUUAAUAAAUUUUAUUUUUUUUAAAACACAAAAAAUACAUACCGUAGACAUACAAAACAUUUACAAUUCCCACCACCAACACGAGGAUUGUUUUCUUUUUACAUAUUCGUUUCUUUAUGAGGCAAUUUUUAUAUCUUUAUCUUAAUCCAUUUCCAACCUAUCUAUAUAUAUAAAAGAGUGACGGCAUCACGGCAGCGGACAAAACAACAAAAGUAAACACCCCACAACCUCGAAAAUUGACAGCACAACCCCUCAUCCAUGCCUCUAGGUUGAUACAACAAAAAGAAAAGAAAAAUAAAGUCCUAAUUAGAGGGAGAGGAAUAAUUGUUUUUAUCCAAUUGCUGCCAGUUAGAAGGCUAAGCUCCUCCAACUUGGUCUCCUAGCAACACAAUAAAAAAUAAUAAAAAACACUAAAAAAUAAUUUAAAACACCAAAAGAUUAAUACAGUAAAAUACUAUAACAGAAAAUAACUAAAAAUAAUACAAGAAAAUAAUAAAAUAUAAUAAAUAAAAAGAUAACUUACAAUAAAAGAUUAAUACAAUAAAAUACUAUAAUAACAGAAAAUAACUAAAAAUGAUACAAGAAAAUAAUAAAAUAUAAUAUUUAAAAAGAUAACUUACAAUAAAAUUAAUUAAAAAAUACAAAUGUCAAAUAAAAAUUACACAACAAUUUUUAACCAAUACCACCACCACUUUGCCACAGCAACGCGUGGCCGGGCACAGCUAGUCUAUAUAUAUAAAAGAGUGAUGGCAUCACGGCAGCGGACAAAACAACAAAAGUAAACACCCCACAACCUCGAAAAUUGACAGCACAACCCCUCACCCAUGCCUCUAGGUUGAUACAACAAAAAGAAAAGAAAAAUAAAGUCCUAAUUAGAGGGAGAGGAAUAAUUGUUUUUAUCCAAUUGCUGCCAGUUAGAAGGCUAAGCUCUGCUCACUUGGUCUUCUAAGCAACCCACUCAGCCCAGGGGACCCUUGACCUUAACUACCACCAAUUCCUCAAUACUUUAUUUCUCAUACCACCAUACUUCGCCACAGCAACGCGUGGCCGGGCACAGCUAGUACUUUAUAGAUGUAUACUAAAUAUACAUAUAUUAAAUAUACUAAAUAACAUUUGUAUCUUAUUUCUUAUGGCUUGAUCUCCAGAUUGAUUCUUUACCCUUGUCCAUCUUUCUUCCAUUUCUCUUGUUCUAUUUUCAUUAGUUUUUACAACAUUUAGUUUCACAUUCAUAAUUUCAAAUUCCAUUUGCUCCACCAUAUAUGGGCACCAUUUAUUUACUGUCCAUUUUGAUUUAUCUUUCCACCCUAAUACUAAACAUUUGUAUCUUAUUUCUUAUGGCUUGAUCUCCGGAUUGAUUCAUGAUAUAGUUCUUUACCCUUGUCCAUCUUUCUUCCAUUUCUCUUAUUCUGUUUUAAUUAGUUUUUACAACAUUUAGUUUCACAUUCAUAAUUUCAAAUUCCAUUUGCUCCACCAUAUAUGGGUACCAUUUAUUUACUGUCCAUUUUGAUUUAUCUUUCCACCCUAAUACUAUUCCUGCUUGUGCACAUUCAAUUAUUGCUUCUUUUAUUUCCCAUUUCCUCUCUUUUCCCUAAUACCGCUAUUUCCUUUGUUAUGACCCACUCCUUUCCUAGUAUUUGAUUUGAUCAGACUAUACAAAAUGAGUCAAAUCAAACCUGGCAUAUACACCUGUAUGGCCUCUUCCUUGUGGCUCUCAGUCCAGACCUGUCUUGGCUUGUCAACAGAAGCCUCCGUCUCCACGGCGACCGGCCUCUCCGGACAAGGCACCUGCGGCCUCGUGAAGGUAAAGGUGGCCCAUGACCUGGAGCCAGAGGGAGGGGGCAGCAGGGACACCCAAAUAUUAUAUUUACUAAAUCCCCUCCCCAAAAUUAGUAUGAUAUGGUCCUCAUGUUGAGCCCAAGCCAAGGGGAAAGCUUGCUUCCAGAGCUCCUCCUUGAGGGACCUCAUCCCUCAUUUAAUGCUAAUCCCAUCCUGGGAUUCGUAGUUUGGAGAGGCAUCAACAAUCGAAUCCCCAGACAACAUUAGAUACAUAAGCAGUUUAUUAAUAGAUGGUUGUCUUGAGUGAGUCUCACUCUCUCGGCCUCAGAGAAAAGGUGCAAAUAAAAUCUCGAAGGCCUGUCAUUUCAAUCUGAAAUGGUUGCUUUGAGACCCUCUCGGCCUCCGUGGAAGUUUUUGCAUCCCUUCCUUUCAUUUAAAAUAUGUCAGUACGUAGCUGAUGAAGGAAGGUUGGCCAUGCACUUUAUUGCCGUAGUUUUUUUUGCCUCAGGCUAGACCUUUUUCUGGCCUAAACACCGAAAGGACACCAGAUCCGGUCUUUCCUUGGAAGUGACACUUUCUCAGCCUGAGAGCAAGACCAGCUGCACACCUAAACAUACUUUCCAAAACAGAAAUCUUCAUUAAUUUGCUUAUUUCCUUAUAGGGUGGAUUUCCCCAAUGGUGUCUCCCAUUGGGAGCUAAUCCUUUCUAUCUCUAUACCGAUGAAGGUGUAUUAGGAAAAUAUAAUACUUGUAUUGGAAACUAUAUAUUGAAUGUAAUCAUGUUAAGAAAUAGAAAUAGGAAAAAUGUAAUCACAAGCAGAAUUGUAUGCCUAUAGCCCAAAAAUACACUCUUCUCAGCAAAAGCAAGACCAAAGUUCACCCUGAGUGCCAGGGACAUAUCCUAAGUGUCAACAAGAGUAGAUAAGCUAAUGGACAAGAGACAAAUUAAGGCUUUUUGGGAUGUCAAGAUAAGACCUGGCGCCAGGGCGGGAAUACUCAUUACUCUCUCUGACAGCUAAGAUAGGAGGAAAAUCCUUAAUUAAUGGAUUCUGAGAGCUUAGAUGGAAAUUCCAGAGAUAACGCCUAAUGGAGGGUCAGAGGUCUUGAAGUAGUCUAUAUUUUAGGAAAAUGCAAAGAUAGCUUUUAAGUUAAGUGCCGAGUAAGACUUUUUUGACACUAAUUGGUGAUUGAUAAUACCUAUGUGACGUAGGUAGAGGUAGGCCAAAUAGUAUAUAAGGAUCUGUGUUUCUUUGUCUUGUACCCUUUUCCCCUGGAAACAGGGGGGUCUAUAUUGCUUAUUCUCACUGGCCACUGAGAAUAAACGUCAUUUUUUCUACAGCCACCGGAACUCUCUUUGUCUCAUUUCCUCAAACCUUUGUCUGCCAUUUCAAUACCACCCUCUUGUGGUUGGGUUGGAUUAAAGUAGCUAAUCCCUUCUAUCUCCUUAGCAUCCUCUUGUGAUUGGAUCUGAGCAUUGCAUACAUACAGAUCUAGAGUUCAAUAGGUAAUCCUUUCUAUCUCUAUUGAAUCCCCUCCUUGUCUUCAUGGCGUGCUUUUGCUUGCCAGUCGCUCUGCACAUGCACAGAUGCACUCUCUCUGCUCUUGCUUUCCAGGUUCUAGCGUGAAACAGCAGACUUGAAGGACUGAAGCCAAGCCUUGCGUUCAAGAGCCAAGUGCCAGCGAGUUCUCCUUGCCCCUUGAGUGGCCGAAACCCCUCUUUCUCUUCCGGAACGAGACCGAGAGAGAGGCCUUUCUGAGGCGGAAAGGCUGCAGAGAUGGUGGAGAUCUCGGAGCCCGGCUCAGCCCAGGCGGGGUCGAGGAAGAGGCUCCACUCGCAGGCGAAUAUGGAGGAGAAGAAAGAGACGGACGGAGAGGAGGGUGAGGAGAGUCCGGGGGAGACCCGAUCACCACCCGAGAAGCAGAAGAGCAGGGCACGGCAGCUCUGGCGCACGCUCCAGAAGGACUUCCGGCAUGCCGUGGAAAAGAUGAAGACGGAGGAGAUGAAGGUGGCCUACCUGAGCCACGGCCUGCAGCACCUGAGCCACCUGGUCCUGGACAGUCCUGUGCGGUACGUGACCCACGACCCCUCGAGGGGUCUCUUCAUGGCCCUCGACUCGGAGGACAAGCUGCACUUCCUGCGGGAAGACGGGUCCUACAAGGGCUCCGUCCGGGCUCCCUUUCCCAUGAUGGGGCUCCUGUACGCCACGGAAGUGGACCAGUUUGUGGCCUGGGAUGCCGGGGGGCUGCAGGUGCUGAACGCCCGGCUCCAGCCGCUCUCGCAGGCGUCCUCUCCCUGCCCCAUCCGCUGCGGCCUCUACUGCCAGGAGCUGAACCGCAUCGUGACGGCCGGCGAGCGGAACCUGACCCUCUGGGACUUCCGCUACGGCCACCGCAGCCUCCACUGCCGCCUCUCCGUUGACCUGGGCUCCGAGGACACCAUCACCCACCUGGCCUUGGAUGCCACCAGCUCAAAAGCCCAGCGCUGCUUCGUCUCCUACGGCACCGGAGUGGCGGCCUUCGACAUCUCCAAGGGGAUGCUCUUGUCCUCCAAGAGGAACCUUCACAGCAGGGUGAUCACAGACAUCACCUACUGCGAUGUGACCGGGUGCAUCGUGACGGCCUCCCGGGACACCACCAUCAAGGUCUGGGACGACAACUGGCACAUCCAGACGGUCUUCGUGGGCCACACUGCUCCGGUCAUUGCAGUGACGUUCUACCCAGAACGUCCGUUCAUCUUCUCCGCCUCCCAGGACGGGACCAUCCGCACCUGGAACCUGAGCACCACCGACCAGGUGGACCAGGUCCACACCUCGGAGCCUGUGGAGACCCUGGAGACCCUAAGCAUCUCACGGGUGGCCUCUUGCUCUGGCCGCCUCCUCAACCUCUGGAAGAUCAACCAGCUCUACUCGCUCUACACGCCGCUGGGGUCCCCCCUCAGGCGCUUGGCCUGCGUCAACUUGGAGGCCGUGGGAAACUUCCCGAUCCGCGCCGUCUGCAUCUGCCAGGACUGCUCUGUGCGGCUGGUGGACGUCCAGAGUGGCCUGAUCCUCUCCUCCUUCGUCUUGGAUCGCUCCUUACGGCCCAAGGAGGCCGCCUACUGCUUGCCGCGGGAGACUCUCUUCGUGCUGACCGAACAAGGCUCCCUGCUGCGCAUCAACACAGCCACCGACCCCAUGGUCGUGAGGAAGAACAUCUCCAACCAAGAGCCCAGGUCCAGGCCCUGCUGCCUCCUGCUCUACAGCCACAUCGUGGACCCCGGUAAAGUCUUAGCCACUUGGCUGCAGGUGAAGGAAGACAAGACUUAUCGGAAGCAGUGGCAGAAGCAGCCCCUCAUGCUCCAGGACAAAAACAGGUUCCUCCCCAUCAUGGGGCACAAGGAUGGGCUCCUGAGUGUGAUGGAAUGGUUUUCGGGACGGAUCCAGUGCCAGGUGAAAGCCCACAGCCCCAGAGCGGUCACGGCUUUGGCUGAAUAUCCCACCCAGAUGUGCGUCAUUUCAGCGGGGAACGACCGGACGGUGAAGAUGUGGCGGCUGUUCCCUUACGCGGAUGAGUGCCUGGUCCCCCUCCUCAGCUUCUCUUGUGCUGCUCCGGCCACCCACAUGUGCUCUCUGGGCCCCACGCUGGCGAUGGCCUUCCAAGACCCCCAGACCGUUACCCACCGCGUCGUCUACUACAACCUGAUGGAGCAGAGCCGCUCUGAGCAUGGGCCCGAGGAGGACGCCGAGGACGACAUCACAGGUCUCUGCUGCUGCCCCAACCUGAGGCUCUUUGCCUCAUCCAGCCGGGAUGGAUCCGUGAAGAUCUGGAACAUGAAGAAUCAGAUGCUGCGGCACCUGAAGCUGAACACCAUCCCGGAGGCCCUGGCCUUUGCCAACCAUUGGGGGGAUUUGCUGGUGGGCAUCGAGCGGCACCUCUACCUCAUCCACCACAGCAAGUACCUGCCCAACUACUAUAAGAUGAAGGUGUUGUGUGCAAAGUUCCUUGAGCCGCUCCAGGAUGCCUGCCUCCCGCUCAGCGAGACCCGCUUCCAGGCGUUGGUCCAGGAGAACACCCGGCGGCUUCUGCACGAACCGCCCUUGGAGGAGUCUGAGUCCCCGCUGCCUGGAGCUCACGGGCCGGUGCCCGUACAAGAGGUGAAGGUGACCAUAGAGAUGCCAGCCAGGAGACUGGAGUCUUUCCAGGUGGCUUUGAGGGACCGGGACCUGGAGCGGCUCCAGAGCGGGAGAGCCAGCCCGGCCAAGAAGGUCCGCGUCACCAAGGAGAUGAAGGACGAGGCCUUUGAGCAGUACCUGAAGAUCUUCUACAAGGAGCCCUUCAAGGUGGAGAUACCAGAAAAGGACACUUUCAAUGCUGACGAGGUGCUGGAAGCCAUGCGCUACGUGACCUCCAUCUCUGACCUCUAUGGUCCUGGCAAAAUGUUUCUGGGCUGCUUCCCUCGUCCUGAGAUUCUGAAAACAGCUGACCAGAUAUCAACGGAAACACCGUCGGUUGUCCCUGAAACGCCAGGAGGGAAGCUCAGUUUGGUGCCCAGAGUCCUGAAGGAGGAGAAGCCGAGAGCCCCUUCCCAGGCAGCCCCUUCCCAGGCAACCCCCUCCCCAGGAGUCCCUUCCCGGGUUGCCUCUUCUCCAGGAACCCCACAGACCCUGUUAAGCACCACUACGACGUCUGGGACGGAGUCGAUCUCAGAAGCCGAAGAAGCCCAAGCGAAGAAGCAGGUGGACGUCAUGAUGAAGGAGAUGUUCUACAGAGAGAAGUCCCUCCUGCCGCCCAUCCAGGACCCCUUGAUGAAGAGCCCCCAGCUUUUCCAGUCACGGAAGCAGGCGACUCUGGUGGACCCCAAGGCUGUGGCUCAAGGCCUUUUGCUCACCACCAAGGACUCUAAGGAAGGGAUGACCAAGCCUCUCAGGGAGAAGUAUGAAAGCCAGUUAGAUGUGAUUGUGGAACCCAGACCUAAGCCUGUGGUGCCUCCAAUGCCUCCGGAGCCUCCCGUGCCUCCCGUGCCUCUGAUGCCUCCGGUCUCUGUGCCUUUGGCGGCACCCAUGCCCCGCACUCCGUCCAUGAAGAGUGGGAAGAUCAUCGUCUUCAAGGAGCCAUCCAGCAUCGCCUUCAAGAAGCAACAGGCCACGGCCAUGGUCAGCCGGGAGCAGCAGCGGUCAUUUUCUCCGGGCGGGAGCAGCUCAUCCCCACAGCGCAGCAGCACCGGGUCCCCUUCGCGCCUCAAGAGCCACUCGUCUGAAAUCAUCAAGGGCUUUUUCCCGGAGAGGCAGGUCUCGAGCCCGCAGUGGAAGGACAUGCCACCGCCUGUGAAGAGCCAUCACAGCGUGCCACUGCCCAGGAUCGGCUCGGGGUUCGUGCCCAAUUCAGUGGUUUCCCAGCAGCUCCGCAGCCUGGAAGAGCUGGAGUUCAUGAGGAGGAAGGCGGAGGAAGACGAGGAAGAGGAGGAGAGGAUUAUGGAGAUCACAGGGCCCACGGAGGAGAGCCGCUUGGAUAGAAGCUUCUUCUGGUCACCUCCCCAGGACACUUCACCCCCGCCAGAACCUGCAAAAUCGCCAGCGCGGCCCCGCACUCCAAAGUCCCCCAGCUUCAAAGCGACGGCCUCUGCGGUUUUCAUGACACAGCUGCGUGAAUCCCUAUACAAAGACAAACGGAAAGAGCCGCCGUUCUUCGUCCUGCCGUUUUUGGAGCACGACUGGUUUAAGGCACUUUUCCCGGAGGGCUUCCCUCCGGAUAUGACCGUCAAUGAGUUCUUGACCGUCUUGCUGGGCAGCCUUGUCUCUGUGGACUUUGGGACCAAGUCGGCCAUAGUGGGUGCCAUUGCCAGGCUGAAGGAGACACUACAGGACCAGAUGAAGGACGUUGUCUACAAAACCGUCCUCUAUGUUAUGAACAAGGGGGAGGAGGAUCCCGCCAUGAUGGACCGGAACGAGAGGAAGUUCAUCCUGUCUGCACUGCGGAUGCUGCUUCACCUGGACAAGGACAAGGAGGAGCUGAUGACGGAGCUCAUGACCUACUAUGUCAUCUCCCCUCCGUCCUUCAGGGUUGCCAUGAAGGACUUGAUCCAGGACGUGGGGGUGCAGGACCCCCACAACUACUUCUUCAAGGAGAUGGACACCUGGCCGGUGCAAGAGGGCGACACCCGGGAGAGCGUGCGGAGGAGGAGCAGCCUGUGGUUGACGGCGCGGAUGCAGGAGCUCAGGGACCACCGGACUCUCCUCUUGGAGGAAGAGGGUCUGCUCGAAGGGGAGUCUUUCUCAGGGAUCUCUCAGGAGGACAUCCGGCGGCGGUCAAGCAAAGAGAAGGAAGACGAGGAAGAAGAAGAGGAGGAGGAAGAGGAGAGUGAUGGAGUCGUGGACCAAGUGGAAGAGCCAGAGACGGAGGAGGAAGCCUCUGAAACCUACGCAGAGGAAGAAAUGGACCUUGAGAAGCAGCUGGACGGAGGUGUCAGACUCGGCCAGGAGGAAGGCUUGGAGGUUGAGACGAGUGAUGACGAAAUCCAGAAGAAGUUUUCAAGGAAGAGACGCCCCUCUGAGAGAGAGAAGAAGGCCAAAAGGGCCUCACUCAAGUGGGUACAAACCGUGCGCCCCGUGGACGCCAUCCACUAUUUCAUGGAGAAGGAGCUGGAGAAAGAGCUGGCGGCCCUGAAGUCCAUCCUCACCCCGCUUCCCUCCGAGGAACCCGGACCCAAGAACACCAUCGUGGCCUUGCCCCCCGUCCACAAGAAACGUGCCAUCCUGCGACUGGGAGAAACCAAUGCGAUGCUGAGGAAAAGGAUACCUCACCACUGCUUCUUCUUCCCAUACAUCUUCCCACGUUACGUGAUGAAGGGGUUUGCACCCUUCGUGAAGCUUCCUCUGCCCAAGAUCACCCUGGACCCCUUCGCGCCUUCGCCGCAGAAGCCUGCCUCGUCAAAAAGCUUCACCACCGUGCAGCAAAUCGUCCGCAAGUACUUCAUCCCCAAGUUGUCCUAUGCCGACAGCUACCCUUGACCCACCAGAGGAGGAGGAGGAGGAGGAGGACUCUCACCUAAGAGGCAGGAGGGAGGGAUGUGCCAUUCAAAGAAGUGGCCAACAAUGGGACGGUUUGGCCUCAAGUGCCUGUAGGAGAGGAGCCUGUGUCCUCCAGGCAAGUCCGAGCUGAAUGGAAAGUCUCAAUAAAGCCACGACAGAAGCAAUAAAAGCAAAAGCAAAUCA